CCGGUCUCCGCGGCCCACCUCCGCCCCGAAACAAGAGAGUUUGUCAGUCAUGGACAACGGUUUGCGGAAGCCGAGGCAGAGGACGUCAGUUGGCCGUCGCUUAGUCCACGAUUGGGCCUAGAAACUGGGCGGUUCCGCUGGAAACGAUAUGGGCGUUAUGCGACCAAUCGCCGCGUUUUGGGUGUAUCCUGCCGACCGCCUGAUGUAUCAAACUGGGCAAAGAGAGCGAGAGAGCUUCCACCCACCCGAUCAUCGAGAGGCUGGCCCGAAGGACAAACUACCGACGAUAUCGGCCGGCAGAUCGGAGGUUGUGGGACGAGUCGCAGAUCUCCGCCGGAGAUAGGCUUGAUGGUUGGACUUCUGCUAAAACCGAGGGCAAUUCUGCCAGUGGAACAGCGUCUUCCUCGACCAAUCAGCGAGUGCGGCAAUAUACACUCUCCCACGAACUUUGUCGCCAAUCAACGCGCUCCGGACGAUACAGCUUGGCGAUUAGCUGGUGACAUGAUACACAUCCGUCAGAGAAAUGAUCAUUUCGCGAUGAGUAAAACAAGCAGGCUUCUUGAUUCUUGGAAGGAGUAUCCGGAGCCAGCUUUGUUCCAGUUAAUGAUUUUGAAUCAGGCCUAUAUUCAAGUCCGGCUUCCUUUUUAUGUGUAG